UUCAGGAAAAGACAUAUAUUGCCGCUCUGUGGGGCUGCCGCAGCCAAUGACCAGUGGGGUCGUCUAUUUAUUUAGAGAAACUCAUAUAUUGCCGCUCUGUGGGGCCUCCGCAGCCAAUGACCAGUGGGGUCGUCUAUUUUUCAGGAAAAGACAUAUAUUGCCGCUCUGUGGGGCUGCCGCAGCCAAUGACCAGUGGGGUCAUCUAUUUAUUUAGAGAAAAUCAUAUAUUGCCGCUCUGUGGGGCCUCCGCAGCCAAUGACCAGUGGGGUCGUCUAUUUUUCAGGAAAAGACACAUAUUGUCGCUCUGUGUGGCUGCCGCAGCCAAUGACCAGUGGGAUCGUCUACUUAUUUAGAGAGAAAAAAUCAUAUAUUGCCGCUCUGUGGGGCCUGCGCAGCCAAUGACCAGUGGGUCGUCUAUUUUUCAGGAAAACUCACAUAUUGCCGCUCUGAUAUAUGUCUUUAGAGAAUAUCAUAGAGAGAAGCAACAAGUUCGCUAAUUAAUUAUUCUUAAGCUAGACCGGAGAACCGCUGGCAGCUCGUUCCCCACCGUCGGACGGAGCAGCCAUCGCCGGCGCCUCGUCGCGCCGCCGGCUCUGUCCCCCGGCGGCGUCGGACGAACUGCGGCGCUGCACGUCAACCACGGCUCCAGCACUUGUUUCGUCCGCACGCAUUGUACCCACCGCAGGAAAGUCCGCCGCAAGCAGAUCCGCCGCCCACGACGACCGGGAUUUGUUCCGCGCACCAAUUGGUAUAGCUUGGUAAGACCUCCGCUUCUGCCUCCCCCGCCCCCUAAUCGAUUCGGUUCCCGUAAUUUAUUGGAGUUUGCAGGUACGAAAUAGUCCUCAAUGUCUGGUCGUAGCGGGUACACCGGCGAGGGUGGGGAUUCGAUCAUGUCGUGGCCACGUUCUACUUCUCCUACCUCGUCGGAAGUGCAGUUAACCAGGCAAGCCGAUGAUCCAUGGUACAUUGCAUACCAAGAUGAAUCAACCCAGUGGUGUAGCCAGAGGAUGGAUUUGGAGGAGAAGGUGGCCAAUUUAGGUGAUGAAUUGGCCCGUAAAAACCUGAUGAUAUUCGAGCUGAAGCGUAUUGUGGAGGAAGAAAAGAAGAAUUCAGAGCUUAUUCGCAAGGAGAAGUUGAGAGUUGAGACAGAUCUUGCCGUAUUUGAUCAAGUGGUAGAAAAUCUAGAACAUGAACUUAAAGUGAUGGGAGAGGAGAAAAGUAGAUUCAUCUGUGCAGUUUUAUUAGGUGUCAUCCCUGUCCUAGCGCUUAUGUGGUUCCGGUAG